AUGAAUUUAUUAGUCGUAACCUAAUGUAAGCAGUUAAAAUAAGUGAUAGAUUAAUCGUUACUAAUAAAAUUGAACCUCGAUAAUGAGGUUCAUCCAAAUGUUCACCAAAUUUCAUAUACAUGGUCAUGUUUUUUUACUUACUGAGUUUCUCCAAACCAAUCGUUUUUACCGACUGUUAGAUUUUGGCAAGACGAACUGUCAGUUUCGUUGCAAAUAUAUUUACAAUAUUAUUAAAAGCCGAAUCGAGAGCAAUAUAGUUUGUUAUUCUCAAAAAUUAUAAUUCUUUUUUAUUCAUACUUUAAAAUUAUAAACUGGUAUAUGUGUCUGUGGUAUACGCUUUAGCUUUUUGUGAAUAGUAUUCAUCUGUAACCUCCUUUUUGGCAUAAUUGUGGUGAUAGUAGUAAACAUGAGUGAUUACAGCGUUGUUACCUCAGAUUUUGUUAAAUUAACAAUUACGAAUUCCGGUAAUGAUACGUGUUGUGUGGAACGAAGGUUUCAAAAAGGACAAACAAUUGAUGAGUUCAAGGGUAGACUUGAGUUGCUAACAGGAGGUAACCCGGCAACAAUGACCCUCGAAGUCUAUGAUAAAAACGAUAGUUUAGUCUGCAAACCAAAUGAAGGUCAACGUCUCUUAGGUUCAUAUCCUAUUGACGAUGGCAUGCGAGUUCAUGUUGUAGACAGUUUUCUAAAAAGUCAAGAUGAUGUUGCUGAUGUAGAAAAGUUUGAAAUAUCAGAGGAGGAAUAUGCAAAGAGAUCAGACACAGUUAAAGCUUUCCUUGAGAAAAAUAGACUGGGAAAGUAUAAUGAGGAAGAAAUGAAACGAAGAGCUGAAGAAAAAAAACGUCUUGAAGAAGCAGAAGAAGCUGCAGCACGUAAGUGUAAAAUUGGAGAUCGCUGCGAAGUUCAAGUUCCCAAUCAGCCAAAACGAAGAGCAACAGUUAUGUAUGUCGGAAAGACCGAUUUUAAAGAAGGUUGGUGGAUUGGCAUAAAAUAUGAUGAACCACUAGGCAAAAAUGAUGGAUGUGUCAAUGGGAAGAGGUAUUUUGAAUGCCCACCGAAAUACGGUGGAUUUGUAAAGCCUGCAUACGUAAAAGUUGGAGACUUUCCAGAAGAGGAUUUCGACCUGAACGAAGAAUUAUAAACAGUAUAAUCAUGACAGUUAAUAAAAUGACGUUUUUAUUUGUUCUGAAAAAAUCCCACGUGUGAAAGUCCGUCGUAUGAAAUGUCAUUAAACGUAUAUGUAAUUCAUCUAAUAUUUCCUUCGCUUAAUUAUGUCUGGCCUCCAGUUAACAGGAUGGCUUUCUUCCGUCUGGAACAAUAUGAGUUAGUUCGAUUAAUCAAGUGUUAACCGAAGUAGUGUAGAUAAUACACAUUGAGAUAUUGUGAGUGUAAUUUGUACACUACUAUAUGUUUUUUACAAUUAAAUACUAAACAAAAUGGAGCACAUAAAAUUAAAAUGAUAGUGCAUAAAUAGUUUUAACAAAUGUACACAGCAUAUACAAUGCAUAAGAUAAACGUAUAUAGAUAAUA